ACAAGGACCUGUACAAGGAGGCCAUGAUGGAGGAGCACCAGCCUCUUAUAUCACAGGAAAAUCCCAGUAAGAAAUGUGAAAAUGUCAUGUUACCACUAGAUGACGAUAUCCUGCAGCGCUCUUCAGGAGAAGACCUCAUUACCCUUAAUGUACAUCCAGGACUUCACAGUACAGAUCUGUCAUAUAAUCCUCCUAAUUGUGAGGAACCUUCUCCUGACCAAUCACAGAUUGUUACCGCAAGUACAAGUCAGAAAAGGAUUACAAGGUUUCAUUGUGAUAAAGAAUCUACAAACAGCUCAGGACUUUCUACACACCGAAGACGUCACAAAGGAGAGAAAAUGUAUUCAUGUUCAGCAUGUGGAAAAUGUUUUACACAGAAAUCACAUCUUGUUUUACAUGAAAGAAUUCACACAGGAGAGAAGCCGUAUUCAUGUUCAGAAUGUGAGAAAUGUUUUACACAUAAAUCAAAUCUUGUUCAACAUGAAAGAAUUCACACUGGGGGAAAGCCGUAUUCAUGUUCAGAAUGUGAGAAAUGUUUUACACAUAAAUCAAAUCUAGUUAAACAUGAGAAAAUUCACACUGGGGGAAAGCCAUAUUCAUGUUCAGAAUGUGGGAAAUGUUUUACACAGAAAUCAGAUUUUGUUAUACAUGAAAGACGUCACACAGGAGAGAAGCCAUAUUCAUGUUCAGAAUGUGGGAAAUGUUUUACACAGAAAUCACAUCUUGUUUUACAUGAAAGAAUUCACACAGGAGAGAAGCCGUAUUCAUGUUCAGAAUGUAGGAAAUGUUUUACACAGAAAUCAAAUCUUGUUAAACAUGAAAGAAUUCACACUGGGGGAAAGCCAUAUUCAUGUUCAGAAUGUGGGAAAUGUUUUACACAGAAAUCAGAUUUUGUUAUACAUGAAAGACGUCACACAGGAGAAAAGCCAUAUUCAUGUUCAGAAUGUGGGAAAUGUUUUACACGUAAAACAUAUCUUGUUAUGCAUGAGAGAAAUCACACAGGAGAGAAGCCGUAUUCAUGUUCAGAAUGUGGGAAAUGUUUUACACGGAAAUCAUAUCUUGUUAUACAUGAAAGAUGUCAUAUAGGAGAGAAGCCAUAUUCAUGUUCAGAAUGUGGGAAAUGUUUUACACAGAAAUCAUAUCUGGUUAUACAUCAGAGAUGUCACACAGGAGAGAAGCCAUAUUCAUGUUUAGAAUGUGGGAAAGGUUUUACACAGAAAUCCAAUCUUGUUAUACAUGAAAGAUGUCACACAGGAGAGAAAGCAUAUACAUGUUCAGAAUGUGGGAAAUGUUUUACACAGAAAUCAUAUCUGGUUAUACAUCAGAGAUGUCACACAGGAGUGAAGCCAUUUUCAUGUUCAGAAUGUGGGAAACGUUUUUCAGAAAAAUCAAGUCUUCUUAAGCAUGAAAGAAUUCACACAGGAGAGAAGCCGUAUUCAUGUUCAGAAUGUAGGAAAUGUUUUACACAGAAAUCAAAUCUUGUUAAACAUGAAAGAAUUCACACUGGGGGAAAGCCGUAUUCAUGUUCAGAAUGUGAGAAAUGUUUUACACAGAAAUCAAAUCUAGUUAAACAUGAGAAAAUUCACACUGGGGGAAAGCCAUAUUCAUGUUCAGAAUGUGGGAAAUGUUUUACACAGAAAUCAGAUUUUGUUAUACAUGAAAGACGUCACACAGGAGAGAAGCCAUAUUCAUGUUCAGAAUGUGGGAAAUGUUUUACACGUAAAACAUAUCUUGUUAUGCAUGAGAGAAAUCACACAGGAGAGAAGCCGUAUUCAUGUUCAGAAUGUGGGAAAUGUUUUACACGGAAAUCAUAUCUUGUUAUACAUGAAAGAUGUCAUACAGGAGAGAAGCCAUAUUCAUGUUUAGAAUGUGGGAAAGGUUUUACACAGAAAUCCAAUCUUGUUAUACAUGAAAGAUGUCACACAGGAGAGAAAGCAUAUACAUGUUCAGAAUGUGGGAAAUGUUUUACACAGAAAUCAUAUCUGGUUAUACAUCAGAGAUGUCACACAGGAGUGAAGCCAUUUUCAUGUUCUGAAUGUGGGAAACGUUUUUCAGAAAAAUCAAGUCUUCUUAAGCAUAAGAGGAAUCACACAUGACAGAAGCUGCAUUCAGAAUGAGAAAAAUGUUUUUGCUUCUAAGGCCAUAAUUAGGUGUCAUUAGUGAAGUCACACGAGAGAGAAUCCAUAUGGCCACAAUAUAAGGAAACAAUAUAUCACUGGGUCAUAGACAUUGUUUUCAUUUCAGGUUGUAUAUUUGGAUAUAAAAGCUUAAUUGAUGUCACAUAACGGCUUCUAUAAAACAUCUGAAAAAUCCUGUUUAGAAAGACAUUUAUUCUGUUCAUGACUUAUAUUUUAAACCUUACAGUUAACGGAGGUUUUUUUUCGUUUUUUACUCCCUGCCUUUCCAGGGCUUUUUUAUUUUUACAUUUACAUAGAUGUAAGAGCGCUUGUAUGAUCUUAAAACUUUUAGGACUAAGGUCAGGUCCUAUUUUUUAUUUUUUUUCAU